AUGAGCUACAAGCUCAACGGCGGCUACCACCGUGGCCGCCAGUCGGUCGCCACUGCCGCUGACAGCAAGCUAAACCUGCUGGUCCGCUUCCUCGACCACGGCGUCGACGACAGUCAGUUCCGCGCCUUCUUUGAGCCUUUUGGCGAAAUCACCUCGUCGAUGGUGAUGCGCGACAUCUUCACUGGAGAGAGCCGCGGUUUUGGCUUUGUGCGCUUCGCCCGCAGCGCAGACGCUGCACGCGCGCUGCGGGAGUGCGAUGGCAAGAGGCUGGGUGGAAAGGCUGUCAACGUGAUAUGGGCGAAGCAGCAGCAUGACGACACCCCUGCCGGCCAGGAACGGCUGAAGAUGAAUAAGCUGUUCCUGCGUAAUGUUCCGCUGGGUGUUACGGAGGCUGAGCUGGUGGAGCUACUUCGCGUAUACGGCACUGUAACAGAGGCCUCGCUGCAUAGCGACAAGAUCCCCGCCGCCCGCCACGCUCCAGCGCGCCGCAUAGCCUUCAUCAUGUUUGCCGACGAGGGGGCCGCUGAGGCAGCGCUGCGUGGCGUCCAUAACACUUGCCCCUUUCCCACUUGCAACGGCAUUCCGCUGAUGGGAAAGCUGUCGGAGGACUACAAGGCAAAGAACGGCGGUAGUGGCGACAGCAGCAGCAACAGCAGUUGCCAAAACUUCAGCGCGCCCAGCCGCACCCCCGCCAUCCUUUUCACGGACCACACGCGCUUGCCUCCCAUGUUGGACUGCACUUUCUGGACCUUUACACCGAAGCACGUAGGCGGUGCCUGCUCCCCGACACCCGCGAGCAGCGUGCACCUCUCCGACUCCGCAGCGGAAGACUUGCUCUUCUCGCCGUCGGCCGUUGUUGCAGGCGGCUCUCAAGCAGACGGAGUCAUCGCCGAACAGGAGGCAAUGGCCCGCUACUCGCCAGCCUUGCGUCUGUCAACUCUUCGCAUGCCGGCCCCGACGUUGCCAAAGGUCUUCCGGCACAAUCCGUACGCGGCGUCGCUCAUCGCUCCGAGGAGUAACUCCGGGUAG